AUGAACCAGUUUCUCAACUCUAUCGGCCGCAACUCGCUCAUAGUCAACCUCGACCCGGCGAACGAUAUGCUGCCGUACCAUUGCACGGUGGACAUCCGGGACUUUAUCACUCUCGAGGAGAUUAUGAACGACGACGAGAUCCGGCUUGGGCCCAACGGCGGGCUUGUUUAUGCCCUUGAGACGUUUGAACACAGUAUCCAGUACUUCAUCGACAAGGUGAAAGACCUGAUGGGACUCAGUCUCGACGGCCAGUCUGCGUAUAUUUUAUUUGAUUGUCCGGGGCAAACAGAACUGUUCACCAAUAACCCGAUUUUCAGAAACAUCUUUGCAAGACUCGAGAAGGAACUUGAUUUCCGGUUCUGUGUGGUGUCGCUCGUCGACUCCAUCAACCUCAUGGUGCCGUCAAACUACAUCUCCAUGCUGCUGUUGACCCUACGAUCGAUGCUCCAAAUGGACCUGCCGCAGAUCAACGUCAUCUCCAAGAUCGAUCUUCUCAAAUCAUACAUAGACAACGACCGGGCGUCGCAUUUGGAGCACAACAAGCGCAGAAAAGUGGCAGACUCCGACUCUGACGGCGGAUUGCCGUUCCGGUUGCAAUUCUACACAGAGGUCCAGGAACUGGACCAGCUGGUGCCGUUUGUGCGCACAGAAAACAACCAGCGCGGCUACUUCAACGAGAAGUACGAGAAACUGACUGGGCUGAUCGCCGACCUGAUCGACGACUUUGGGCUGAUCCAGUACACCGUUCUGGCCAUCGAGGACAAGGUGUCGAUGAUCAACCUGUUGUCCAGCAUCGACAAGGCCAACGGGUACUGUUUCGGUACGAACGAGCUCGGCGGCGACUCGAUCUGGUCCGACGCCGUUCGCCAGUCGUCUCUCGGGUUCAUGGAGGACAUCGACAUCCACGAACGGUGGAUCGACGAGAAAGAGCGCUGGGAUGAACUCGAGGACGAAAAACGCAAGGAACUUGACGACUAUGUUCAGUCGGUUGGACAGAACGCUUCUCCGGAAGACGAAUGGGAGGCUGCUCUUGCGGAGUGGGAGGCUAAACAGGCAGCUACCAAAUAA